CGUUCGGCACAGAGCUCACAACUCACAAGUCACAAUCCAUUCGAACAAUUUCGGUGUGUUCAGUUUUAACCUAGACUUUGCGUCCGUCGGUCGUGCGGUGAACGUUAGUGUGUCGGUAAAAUAGUAGAGCUAGUGGAACCACCAACUUGUAUUGUAGUUUUAUAACAUCUAUGCGACUUUUUCGGUUUAAUUUUGCUUAAGAUUUUCACUCCUUUCAAAAUAUUAUAGACCUCCUUGUUUUUGGAUGUGCCCAAGAGUUAACCACUUUUACACGACAAGUCUGUAUCUGUACCUAUCCUAGAUUUGAAGUUGUUAAAUCUUGGUGAAAAUUUUGAAAGAAAUAAUUGUUCCCAAAAGAAAAAAGCUCUUCAACGAGAAACAAGUGCUUUAUUUUCUAGUGCAGUGCAACUUUGUCUCACGUGCGUGAAUACUAAUUUUCACCUUUUGAUUCUUCUCCAAACAUAUAAAAUUGUGGUCCGGCUAAUUAGCUUAUUUCCCGUUAAGGUUUGAUUACUUUGCGUUUGGAAAACAAAACCACAAAUACGCGACAGUGCACCGCAUCGUGAAAAAGAUACAUCAUCAACGAUUAGAAUUGAAUUUCAUUAACUGGAAAACCACUUUAUCGAGCUCUAGCUAGAAGCUUCAUACUAUAUAGAUACGUUGUGUGGAAAAGUAUCAGAUUCAUCAGGAACAUCAGAAUCAGCAUCAUCCAAAACGACUAAAACUACAAACGACAACGAUCACUGAUGUUGUGUUAAGGAAGAGCACGUUUUGAACAUCAAAUUCAUACAAAUUUUAUUAUCUCAAAAACGAAAAAUGAUCAACUGUGUCAAGUAUCUCGGCGGCAGCAGUUUUGAAUUAAAAUUUAACAUUUUCUCCGCAAAUCUAUUCGCAGUGGUUGUCUGAUAAAUUUAUUUAAAAAUAUUUUCCAACAUACCUCAGCCUAAGUACCUUCACGUGUCUUGAGAUACUUUAUUCGUUGUCGGUCAAAAUAAAUUUAUUUCGGUGGGUGGGUACCUGUUGAUGUUGCAUUUAGAGCAGUAAAUUGUGAAAUUUUUGAAUCUAAGUGUUUUUGAAGUGUUUAGAAGUUAUUUUAGCUACAAUUACCCCAGUUUGAUGUUUUUCUUUGGUUUCUUCGAGAAAUAAAAAAUAUUAAGUGCAUUUAUUUUUAAUUAAUUUUGUGUCAUAUACUUCUGGGAAGUAUAUACACCAAGUAGUUGUUGGCGAGUGGUUGUUUUUCAUACAAAAAUUAGCGUCAUCGUGCAACAGCUCAAGUCAAGCUGAACCAAAAUAAUUUUGAUAUCGGUUUAACAGAAGAAACAGGGUGUGCAGAAAAUAUCUGAGGAAUAAUUUUUAACAAAAAAGGCUGCAAAAGAAUAAAAAUUCAUCAUGGAUGGAGGAUACAUUAACGAAGAGGAUUCAGAUGCUAUAAUUGGAGUAGAUAGUCCAGGUGGCCAACUGAAAACGAAAAACGGUCAAAAAUAUGUUUUAAAUGGAAAACCAGAACGAAUGACCCGAUCAUUUGCUAUCCUGUCAGCAUGUGUCAUGCUGUUAGCAAUAUUAAUUGCGAUACUAAUCACAUAUUUUAUAACUGCAAGUGCCUAUGAAUCAAAAGGUUGCACAAAUGGCCACAGUUCAUUUAAUAAUAACAACAACAAUCAUGGAGAGAAUUUUAGCGCAACGAUUGCAAGCGCAAGUACUUUUGGAAUGCCAUCAUCAUCUCGGUCACCAGGAACAAAUGCUGCAGCUGCUGAGGGACAUCAUGACCCAGUUACCAAUAAACCAAACAAUAAUAAUAAAAAGGGCCUCAACCCCAUCGAUCGAAAAUUACAUGUGUACGAAGGAUGGACACCAGAAAUUUAUAAAAUAAGUAUUGAGCCAAAUUUAAUCACUUCCCUGAAUAAUGGAACUGUGGCAAUUUAUAUAUCACGUGAUUAUAAUGUAAAAGGCUUGCAACCAAUAGUUUUGGAUGUCAAUAAUGUAACAAUUAUUGACGCUCGAGUCAUUAGAACUGUGCCAGAUGCCACUGAUUUAGACUUUGAAAGUGAAUAUGGUGACAAUAAUACGACCUUUGUCAUUAAAGUCGAUAAGGUAGUGGAAUCGGAGAAGGAUCUGAAACUUGUGAUAUAUUUAGAUUUCGUUAGUGAGAUAACAAGUACGUUGCAGGGAAUCUAUAAGACAAGUUACGUCAAUGCGGACACAUUGCAAAAAGAAUGGAUGAUAAGUACACAAUUUUCACCAAUUGACGCUCGCAGAGGAUUCCCAUGCUUCGAUCGUCCAGACAAAAAGGCCAACUUUUCAAUAAGUAUAAUUCACGAAGCAAGAACUACAGCGCUAUCAAACAUGGCUUCCAAAGCAAUCACGAAAGAACGUCCUGGUUAUGUAAGGGAGGAUUUCGAAACAACUCCAAAAAUGCCAACCUAUUUAGUGGCCUUUGUCAUCUCAAAUUUAGUUAAAGCUAAUUUCUCUGUUUCUGAUAAAAAUGCCAAAACAAAGAUUGAAUUCUACACUCGCCCCGAAGGAAUUGACAUGACGAAUUUCGCUUAUGACUUCACACGCAGAAUUUUACCCUUCUUUGAAUCAUAUUUUGGUAUUGAAUAUAAACUUCCCAAAAUUGAUAUGGUGUCAGUGCCUGAUUUUGGUUUUGGUGCAAUGGAAAAUUGGGGUCUGAUUACAUUUAGAGAUUCAUCGCUAUUGGUACCACAAGAUCAAGAGAAGACUUCGUCGGCCGAGCAUACUGAAUAUGUAGCAACCAUCAUAGCUCACGAGUUGGCCCAUCAAUGGUUUGGAAAUUUGGUCACUCCCAAGUGGUGGGAUGAUUUGUGGCUGAAGGAAGGCUUUGCCACCUAUAUGAGUUAUAUUGCUGCUGACUUUAUCCAUCCCGAAUGGAACAUUAUGGACACUUUCACAGUCUUCGAAUUCCAACAGUCGAUGGACAAAGAUUCUGAUAACACCUCACAUCCCAUAACAUUCGAUGUCACUUCGGUCAAUGACAUUCGUCGAAUUUUCGAUCCAAUUUCCUACUCGAAGAGCACAAUUCUACUGAGAAUGUUGAACUCUAUUGUUGGACCUGAUGCCUUCAGGGAUGCCACUAAGGAAUUUCUGAAAGCUUUCCAAUACAAAAAUGCCAACCGCAAUGAUUUAUGGAGUUUUAUGACUUUCCAUGGUCAUGCCAAGCGCACUCUGUCACUUGACAUUCACAUAAAAGACAUUAUGAACUCGUGGAUUCAUCAGGCCGGGUAUCCAGUGGUGACAGUGAGACGAAAUGAGACAAGUCUGAUUGUCACUCAGCAGCGUUAUAUGUUUGCACAGAAGAAUCAGACAGACGACACACGCUGGUACAUUCCGAUAACAUUUGAGACCGACGAAUCGAAGAAGGGCGAUGACAUCCCAACACAUUGGAUGACAACUGACGACAAAGAGAUCGAAAUUGAGAACGCCUUCAGCAAUGCCAACAGUUCGAAUAUUGUUGUGUACUUGAAUUUGAAUCGACAAGGCUACUAUCGGGUGAACUACGAUUAUGGGUCGUGGAUUGAGUUGAAGAAAAAAUUCAGUUCUUUGCCCAGCAUCACAAGAGCACAGCUGUUAGAUGAUUCGCUACAUUUGGCCCAGGCUGAGUACUUGACAUAUGACAUACCAUUGACAUUCUUAACGGAGAUGUAUACGGCAACUGAUGAUGAGCUGUUUUGGGCAGCAUCGCAACAAGGCUUGAAUUACAUUACAUUCAUGCUCCAUAGGGAACCGGCUUAUGAGACUUUUAGGGCUUUUAUGAAAUUCAUUGUACGUCCUGCUUAUGACGAUUAUGGACUGGUUGAACCCAGUGAUGCAACACAUGCCCAAUUGAUGCAUAGGGCGAGAGUUGCACGGAUGGCAUGCAAAUUUAACUAUGACAGAUGCACAACUGCUGCUCAGCUAAAAUACAGGGAAUGGAUGACAAACAAAACAAAUAUGAUUAAACCAAAUUUAAAAGAAACAAUUUAUUGUACAGCACUUGCUGAGGGCUCAUAUCAGGAAUGGUAUUUUGCAUACAAACAGUACAGGCACACAACAAGUGCUUCAGAGAAGGAACAAAUAUUAAUCGCUCUUGGUUGUACACAAAAACCUUGGUUGUUAUCAAAAUUCCUUAACUUAACCAUCGAUCCUUCUUCUGGCAUCCUCAAACAAGACGGAGCUCGUGCUUUUAGUGCCGUUGCUCAAAAUCCAAUUGGAUUUGAAAUUGCUUUCGAUUUCCUCGCAACGAAUAUAAAAGAGAUCUCAGAAUACUUUGGAGAUGGCUUCUCAACCCUCACAAAAAUGAUUGACUCAAUAACCUCAUUUAUGAAUAAAGACUAUCACCGGGAGCAAUUGGAACGUUUUGCCAUACGAGCCGGUAGCUUGGGACUUACCUCGGUAGAGAAUACAAUUAAACUUGCGAUGGAACAAGUUAAUAAUAAUAUUUAUUGGAGAAAUCGAUCUUAUUAUAGUCUCAAGAUUUUCCUUGAAACGAUAGUCAGUGAAUUUCAGAUAAAUAUAUUUUAAGACAUUUACUUAUUAUUUUUUUAAACUUUAUUUUUAUUUAAGCUUAAAAUGUAUUUCUAAUAAUUUUUAUUUUUAAUUAAUUGAUAAAAAUUGUAAACUAUACAAAAUAUUUUAUAUAAUUUUAGAUAUACAAUAUUUAAGUAUCGUUUAAAAAAAAAAGAAAAGUUAUAUUUAUUAAUAAGGCCCAUUUUUUUAUAUAAGAUUUAUUAUAUAUAAUUUGCUUACAAGUGAUAUAAGUUUUAAGAUUUUAAUUAUAUACACAUAAUUAAUAUGCAAAGCUCGAAAACAGAGCUCGAUGGCCUUUUGUAAGAUUUUAUUUCAUUACUUAUUUUAAAUAUUUUUGGGUGCAAAACGAAAAAUAAAAUAAAUUAAGAGCGAAAAAACUGAAGACUAAUGUUCCUAUUAUUCAUUAGAUUUUUACAAUUUCAUUUUUGUUUUUGUUUUUUGUAAAGUUAAAAAUAAAAUUUGGAAAAUUAGAAAACAAAAAUAUUGUCUUUGGGCUAAAGAAUGGUGUCAUUCCAAGAUAUUGAGAAAAAGAAAAUAGAGUUUGUGUCAAAUUUAACGUAGGUAGGUAUUAAAUAUUGGAAACUUCUUAAGCCCGCUUUGCAUUAGUGAAAAUUUAAAUUAAAAAUAAAUACAUUUUGCACCUUAUUUUAAUAUUUUCGUUAAGCAAAGGCAGCUGAUGUUAAGUCAUAUUUCAAAACUUAAAUUAAAAAUUUAGGAAAAUCAUGAAAAAUAUCUACGAAAAUAACUGCCUAUAAAAUAAUUAAACCACAUUGUACACUAUUUAACUAUACAAACAAAAAUUAAUACUUAAUCUUUUUAAAUUAUUUAUAAAUAAAUAUUUUUACAAAACCUACAUCCAUUAAAAAAUGGUAAAUAAUUAUCAUUUAUUAUGUUGGAUAUAAACUUUAACUAAAACCGGAACCGUCUAAAACUGAUAAAAAUAUAAUUAGUUUCCUAAAAUCGACGUGCACUUCAGUAGUAAUGGUAGAAAAUUAAACUUCAACAAAAUAGAGACAAAUUCACAAAAAAUAAUAUACUUAAACUUAAGUAAAUAGAGUUUGAAUUAAAGAAAAAACAAAAACAAAUAUUUUCUAAAUAAAACCAAUUAAAGUAUUCUUGUCACAAAAACAAAACAAAAUGCCUCCUUACUUUAUUUCACAUUGUCAUUUGCUUAAAGUUUAAUGACAAUAUAUUUCGAAAGUAAAAACAUGAAUUGUAUAAUUAUAUUAUUAGCAAAUAAAAACCCAUAUUUUGAGUUGAUUUUGUAUAAAUUAUAUUUUCUUAAAUCCCACAUUAAAUGCCUUAGAAAAAUAAAUAAAAUUUUAAAUAAUGCAAGAAAGAGAAUUAUGUAUUUAUGUACACAGAUUAAAUGAAUAAUAAAUGAGCCUUAAAAAGAGUGUCCUUAAUCAGAUUAUUAGAGAAAACAAAAAUAAUGUUAAAUGUUUAACAAAAAUGUAACAAAACGAUCUUAAAAAAUUGUUUGUUUUAAAUUUUUCACAAUGCAAUGAAAUUGUUUUAAGAAUUUUGAUUUUCUUUUUAUAUAAAAUAAUAAGCUUGAAAUUUUUAGUUUGAAAGGAAUAAUGAAAAAGCAUUUGUUUUAAUCAUCCAUCACUUUAUUUAUUGUCAAAAAUUAUAUUAAUGAAUAAAAUUAAACAUGAAAUAUAAUAAAAUUAAUAA